UGUGACAAAGAGUUCUGAAAGAAGGGAGCAAAUGUAAAGAGAGGAACUAGAAAUGCCAGAUAUCUAAAGAGAGAUUAACAGCAUAUUUGACAGGCCGGUCAAGAGAAUUGGAGGUCAGCAGAGAAAAGGCAGGCCUGUGCUUCACAGGGAUGGAAUCCAACAGACUGAGGCAAACUUGGGAAUAUCAGUAACGGAUUGUCACAAGUGGAUUUCUCCAACAUGGACUAGUGUGGAAAGUUGUCACGUAGAAAUAUUUACUGACGUUCCUUACUCCAAACAACUGGUUUCCCAUUGUAGAGGGUGACAGUGGACCGGCUGUCAGCAUGCAGGAGUCUCCGGGGGCCAUGGGUGUAGAUGGCAGCUACACCAGCAAUGUUCCAGCCUUUCUCACCAAACUGUGGACUCUGGUGGAGGAUCCAGAUACCAACCACCUCAUCUGCUGGAGUGCUACUGGGACCAGUUUCCAUGUGUUUGACCAGGGUCGCUUUGCCAAGGAAGUUUUGCCAAAGUACUUCAAACACAAUAACAUGGCAAGCUUUGUCCGACAGCUCAACAUGUACGGCUUCCGAAAAGUGGUGAAUAUUGAGCAAAGCGGGCUGGUGAAGCCUGAGAGGGACGAUACAGAGUUUCAGCACCUGUACUUUCUCCAGGGACAUGAACACAUGCUGGAACAUAUUAAGAGGAAGGUAUCACUAGUAAAGAGCGAGGAGACUAAAGUUCGCCAGGAGGACCUCAGCAAACUCCUGUAUGAAGUUCAACUUCUGAGAACGCAACAAGACAACAUGGAGUGUCAGAUGCAGGACAUGAAGCAGCAGAAUGAGGUUCUGUGGAGAGAGGUGGUCUCACUGCGACAGAACCACACACAGCAACAGAAAGUCAUGAACAAGCUAAUUCAGUUUCUGUUCAGCCAGAUGCAGUCCAACACACCCGGCACUGUAAGCUUGAAAAGGAAGCUGCCUUUGAUGUUAGAUGACGGCUCCAUCAGCCCCCCUGCAUCCAAGUUCAGCCAUAGUAGCGCAAUGGAGCCAAUGCACGAGCCCUUCUACAUCCAAUCGCCAUCCAGUGAUGCCGCCUCUUGUUCUACGAGCGGGUUGACAGGAGGGCCAAUCAUAUCAGACGUGACAGACAUGACUCAGGCCAACAUGGCUCUGCAGAUGCAACCUGAUGAGAACGGAGAAAAAUGUCUGAUGCUGAUCAAAGAAGAGCCUGUGAGCCCAGGAGUGAGAGCAGGAGUGAAAGGAGGCAGUGUUGCUGCAGGAGACGCUCUAGCGUUGAGUUCCCCUUGUGAGGUGUGCUCCUCCGAACCUCCGGUGCUUCCUGUUGCAAUGGUGCAGUCUGUUUUGGAGGGGAGAAGCUCAACUGCCUCACUGACAGAUAAGAGGAGUAAGAGAGCUGCCAUGGAAAGAGUAGAUGCUUCAGAUGCAGUGGAAAACAUGGAUAUGAGCCUGGAGGAACUGCAGCAGCUGAUACUCAGGAGCCAUCAGCAGAGUAGUGUGGAGGCAGGGAGCAGUGCUGUUAUUGAUCCCUUCAGUGUAAACCUGCCUCUGACUGAAUGGAGCUUCACUGAAAUGGACUCCAACCUCAAAUCAUAUGUGCUCCCAAACCAAGAACCGGAGGCUUUUCAAGCUCCUGCCUGUGAGAAACAAUGAUCAGUCUGAAGAUUGGGAAGUUCUUUUUGAUAUGGAAGGCCACAACACAUCCUCGAACCCUACAUGACUUUGAUUCUCCAGCCAUGUCAGGCUAUUUAUUUUUUUGCCUUAUUCGCAUAAUCGUAUUGACAAAAUGCAAAAAUGAACAUCUUUGUGCAGAUUAUGUAUUUAUUUUCCUUAUAUUAACUGGAACAGGUAUAUAACGACUCUCAUUUAUAGUAAGUGCACACUCUGCACGCCGGGCUUGAGCACUUUAGUCUUUCUUUGAGAGAGAAGUCCUGCUGGUGGAAGUGACUUGUUACUCUGAGAUUUAACUUAUUGCAAUUGUACACAAGUGAACAUUUUUAUUAUUUAACACACAAUACUGUGAACAAAUAUCCGGGUGUGUGUGCAAAGAGAGUGGGUGUAAUGUUUUGUAUGUAAGAGAAGAAAAUGUUGACACUUAAGUUGAGAAUUAUUUUAGGUGUUAAGAUUUAUUGAGGGUAAGUUGGCCUUUAGUAACUUAGAGGAUUCUACUAUGAAAAU